UGAUUGGUCUAAAGCGCCAUGGCUAUUGUGAGUGACAGCUCGUGCCGGCCGCUCAUUGGUCAGCGGUCACAAAAGGCCCGCCCGGUUAUGGAACGGUUUUGCCUCGUGGUAGCAUCGUGUUCCUCUUCCUCUCACGCAGACUCCCUCUUGUCCCCUUCUCACACUAACACAAACUCAAAUAAGAUGAAUCGACCGCUUUUGUUUUUUUGUGACGUCUUUGAAGAAAACGGCGAUGUAAAAGGUGCUGGACAGGAAACCCAAUAUCCACCUCGACAGGGACAGAACCGCUCGGCCAGACUUCUGGGCUUAAGACGCCACCAAGUGGUCGAACCCGUUCCAGGUGAGCUGACCUCUUUAUAUGUUGCUAUGGAGACCACCCCCUUUAACAUGCUGACAAAGGCGUUUUUGCAGACAAUAUGUUGGUGUACAGCGCCCCCUUUUGGACACAAUGACAAUGAGGCCUCCCACACGUUUAAAGCGCCUCACACAAAGCGUCCCACCUUACCCGGGGUGGAUGAUUGACGUUUACGGAGAGGAGUGAGGUGGGACUUACACGCUCUUUCUUCUCCAAUGGGAGGCUCGACGGGGGCGGAGACUGUCCAUGCACGCUCUCAUUAGGAGGUGAUAGUACAAAGGAAACACGCAUUGAACUGCCACAGAAUGAAACCUGCACUCUUCAACGUCUUGUGUGAAAUAAAGGAGAAAACAGUGCUGAGUAUCCGUGGCGCCCAGGAGGAAGAACCUCCCGAUCCCCAGCUGAUGCGCUUGGACAACAUGCUGCUGGCCGAGGGGGUCGCCGGGCCCGAGAAAGGCGGCGGGUCGGCAGCUGCAGCCGCCGCCGCCGCGGCCACCGGCGGCAUCGGCGCCGACAACUCGGCGGAGCACUCCGACUACCGGGCCAAGCUGACGCAGAUACGACAGAUUUACCACACGGAGCUGGAGAAAUAUGAGCAGGCGUGCAACGAGUUCACCACCCAUGUGAUGAACCUGCUGAGGGAGCAGUCUCGAACACGACCCAUCUCGCCCAAAGAGAUCGAGCGCAUGGUCAGCAUCAUCCACCGCAAGUUCAGCUCCAUCCAGAUGCAGCUGAAGCAGAGCACGUGCGAGGCUGUCAUGAUCCUGCGCUCGCGCUUCCUCGACGCCAGGCGAAAGAGGAGGAACUUCAACAAACAGGCGACAGAGAUUCUAAACGAGUACUUUUACUCUCAUCUCAGUAACCCUUAUCCGAGCGAGGAGGCCAAAGAAGAGCUGGCCAAGAAAUGCAGCAUAACAGUGUCACAGGUGUCCAACUGGUUUGGCAACAAGAGAAUCCGCUACAAGAAAAACAUCGGCAAGUUCCAAGAGGAGGCCAACAUGUAUGCGGCGAGGACUGCGGUCACUGCCACCAGUGUGUCUGCGCACGGCAGCCAGGCCAACUCCCCCUCCACUCCUAAUUCGGCAGGUUCUGCUGGCUCCUUUAACAUGUCAAACUCCGGAGACUUGUUCAUGAGUGUUCAGUCCCUCAAUGGUGACUCGUACCAAGGGGGGCAGGUCGGGGCCAACAUACAAUCCCAGGUGGAUACCCUUCGCCAUGUUAUCAGCCAGACCGGCGGAUACAGUGACAGCCUCGCCGCCAGCCAGAUGUACAGUCCACAGGGCAUCAACACAAACGGCGGCUGGCAAGAUGCUCCGACCCCUUCAUCAGUGACAUCACCCACGGAAGGACCCGGAAGUGUUCAUUCGGACACCUCCAACUGAAUACAUCCAUUCGUGCGCCGUCACCCUGUAUGAAAAAGCAGAACUGACCUUCCCAGUAUUAAAGCGAGGAGACGACUAAGAGGUACUGUGGGGGAAAAGGCGAAUCGCUUGUAACCUUUGGACAUUCGGGAUACAAACAAUGAAAUUGGAAAGAAUCAGCGGAGAGGUUUGUACAGAGUUUUAUUCCGAGGGCUGGGCUUACUUAUUAUUAUUAUUAUGAUUAUUAUGAUGAUCACCUGUUUCCACUUCCAGUGACAAAAUGUUCCAGUAAAUAAAUCAAAGUUUUAUUGGUCAUUCUACCUCUCAGCCACUCAAAAGUAGAACCACGCCAGCGGCCGGGAUUUGUUUUGUAAAAAAAAAGAGGCACAUCUUCUUACCUAUUCUACAGUUUCUUGUCUCUCACCUAUUCUAUCCUAUGGUACGCCAUUUUAGACUAAUAUUGCUCAGUUGUUUACAUUGUGUGCUUGAUAAGAAAAGAAAAAAAAAAGUCCAUCCUC